AUGACUCGCAAAAAUGUUAUGCAUGGCGUCUUCCUUCGCCCAUCACGUCGGGUACGAGUUUUCGCUUUUCUGUUCUUCUUUGUUGCAGCAACAUGGACCUUUACAAUCAAAUCGCGUUCACCUUGCUCCGCUGAAGAGGAUAUCGCGAGGGACUAUCCAUUAAUCUAUAGGCAUGUCCAUUCGUUCAACGGCACGGGAGGUGCAUGGCAUAUCCCUCCAUAUUGGGCUGAUAUGCACAGCAAACAACCGCACAACAUCCUUGAUGCUGCUCGUAUAGCCUCCAAGGCCGCCUUAUCAAAAAGAGAGAGACAAAUGCCAUUCUCCAAUAUUCCAUUGCUCGUCCACCAAACUUGGAAAACGACGGCGGCCGAUAGCUGGAAUCCCAGGAUACUGCCCUGGGUUGAAUUGUGGCUCGAGGACUCAAUUUACGUUGACCGUGGACCGUCGAUGGCGUACUUAUUCUGGGAUGAUACAGGGAUGCGUGCGUUGGUGGAAGAAUUCGAGAACGACUUCCUUGAGCGCUAUGACACACUCCUAACACCAGUUGAGCGAAGCGAUGUAUUUCGCAUUUUGGUCUGCAAACACUUUGGUGGAAUAUAUGGGGAUCUCGAUACUGAGCUCAUACAACAUCCUGCUACCUGGAUAAGCGGAUCAGAUAUGGCUACCUGGACAGACCCGAAAACAGGAAAGGCUCAUGGCUAUUAUAACACUUCGGUGACGCCAGACUAUGAAACGCCAGUAGUUAGCCUUCUUUGGGGCUUAGAAGCCGAUAAUGACCCGGAGUCCGAUGCAUACUGGCGCCAAAGCUAUACAUAUCCUCAACAACUAUCACAAUGGGCUUUCGCUGCUGCCCCUCAACACCCGGUAUUUGAACGAUAUAUGGAUAAUCUACGCAAUUAUACCAAAGACAACGAACCAACGGCUCAGAAUAGUGACCCACUUAAGCGAACUGGCCCUGCAGCUGUUACUCUUGCCACAAAGUCCUGGCUGGAGGACCACGUCGGCUUUCGAUGGGCCAGCUUAACAGGCCUGAAGGACGGGGGUAAAUCCAAGUUGGUUCACGAUAUCCUUAUCCUUCCUAUAACCGGCUUUCAUCCAAGUCACGGAAGCCGUAACGAUGUUAUGGGCAGAAAACCGAUAACAGACCCGGCGGCGAGAUUAUGCCAUCACGGCACGGGAUUGUGGAAGCAUUUCAAUUUCGUAGGGGAGUAUGGAAAGAUAUAG